AUGAGUGGACUACUGACGUCAAACAUGAGCAACAGCAGCGUCAACGAAGAAAACAACCAAGUUAGCCGCGUGUUCUUUUCAAAUACGAAAACUUACGCUAUAGCAGUAAUAGUGGCAUUCUUCGUGUUGAGUUCGAUCGUCACGACAGUCGGCAACGGUCUCGUGAUCGUCAUCAUAGCGAGGAUUCGCCGACUGCGAACAGCAGCAAACCUCACGAUCCUCAAUCUGGCCUGCUGCGACUUUGUGAUAGGCUGUUCGUUAUUGUCGGCAUUCGUACCUCGUCACACGAUGCCGCAGUGCGCAGUGUUCGUGGGGUACGUAGCCACAAUCCUUGUAGCGUCGAUGGAAGCAAUUGCGCUCUGCACGACAAACAGGUACGUGGCGAUCGCGCACCCGCUACGCUACAGCCAGUGGAUGACAACCGAACGCACCCGUGUUCUCAUCGUCGCGUGUUUGCUGUACGCGAUAGGCUGCGGUGCUGCGUCGACCAUCCAAGCAACGUAUUACUGGAAUCCGUCCACUGCGUGCGUCGGUGAACUGAUAGUGGCGCCAGGAUUCGUGUAUUUUAUCGCUAGCCACUACGCGAUUUUAUUUGUCGUCAUGAUGUACUGCUACAUCUCCAUCGUCAAGAUCGCCAGGGACCAUGCGCGAAGGAUCGCCGCAGCGUCAGUGGCGGGUAGAGAGUGCACGACAAGUUUCCACGCGACAUGGAAGACGUCAAAGAUCAUGCUCAUGGUUGUCGGCUCCUCGUGGACUCUUCUUGCUCCGCACGUUCUCCACAUGGUCCUGAUCUACAGCUUCCCGUCGGGGCUUCAAACACUACGGGUUAUUCGAACUAAUGCCCUGCUACUGAAUUCACUGAUUAAUCCGAUAAUUUACUUCUACAAGUACAAGGAAUUUCGGUCAGCCGUCAGAGAACUUUUCGGUUGUAGGACGUCCUCUGAGGUUACAUCAUUUCAACCGGACACGGAGCAGGAAGAAUAG